CGGACUUAAAGGUUUCUUGCCACUGACUGCAACGUAACUGGUGUAAACUCUUCUUUGUCCUCAUCAAUCACUGUUUCGGGUCAAAUACCUCCGUUCAAAUUUCACUUGAUCCAAUUUCAAUCCUUACGUUCAAUUCUUUUAUCCAGGUGUUGUGACGAAGAAGAUGGAUUUAGUUUCAGGUUAUAAGGGGGUUGUCGGGCUCGUUUUUGGCAACGAUAAUUCUGCUUCGAAUGAAGAUAGCUACAUUGAGCGCUUGCUGGGCCGUAUAAGCAGUGGUGUCCUGGCAGAGGACAGAAGGUCUGCAAUGACUGAGCUUCAGGCAAUUGUAGCAGAAAGUAGAGCUGCCCAGCUAGCAUUUGGGGCCAUGGGCUUUCCUGUAAUUAUGGGUGUCUUAAAGGAAGAUCGGGAUGAUGUUGAAAUGGUUCGAGGUGCCCUAGAAACACUUGUUAGUGCUUUGACUCCUCUUGAUCAUGUAAAAGUGCCAAAUAAUGAAGUUCAACCAGCUUUAAUGAAUAAUGAUUUACUCUCCCGAGAAGCAGAAAGUAUUUCUCUUCUUUUAAGCUUGUUGUCAGAGGAAGAUUUUUAUGUAAGAUAUUACACUCUUCAAAUUUUGACAGCACUUCUCACAAAUUCUCCUAAUAGGUUACAGGAAGCUGUUUUGACCAUUCCUCGUGGUAUAACUCGGCUGAUGGAUAUGCUUAUGGAUCGCGAGGUGAUACGAAAUGAGGCCUUACUACUACUCACUUACUUGACCCGUGAAGCUGAGGAGAUUCAAAAAAUAGUGGUCUUUGAAGGCGCAUUCGAGAAAAUUUUUAGUAUUAUUAAGGAAGAGGGAGGCUCAGAUGGUGGUGUUGUUGUGCAGGAUUGUCUUGAGUUAUUGAACAAUCUUCUUCGUAGCAGUGCAUCUAAUCAGAUACUGCUGAGGGAGACCAUGGGCUUUGAUCCCUUAUUAUCAAUUUUGAAACUACGAGGAAGUGCAUACAGGUUUACCCAACAAAAGACAAUUAAUCUACUCAGUGCCUUAGAAACCAUCAAUUUGCUGAUGAUGGGAGGUUUGGAGACUGAUCCUGGGAAAGAUUCUAAUAAGCUGACCAAUAAAACAGUUCUAGUUCAGAGAAAAGUGUUGGAUCAUCUUCUAAUGUUGGGUGUUGAGAGCCAAUGGGCUCCUGUAGCUGUGCGGUGUAUGGCAUUAACGUGCAUUGGUGAUUUGGUGAUUGCACAUCCCAAGAAUCUUGAUGCCCUUGCAAGCAAAGUUCUUGGUGAGGAGCAACAAGUGGAACCUGCUCUGAAUUCAAUUCUUCGAAUCAUUUUACAGACUUCAAGUGUGCAAGAGUUUUUUGCUGCUGACCAUGUUUUUAAGAGCUUUUGUGAGAAAAAUCUUGAUGGCCAACUAAUGUUAGCAUCCACAUUAAUUCCUCAACCACAGUCAAUUAGUCAUGCUCCUUAUGAGGAGGAUGUGCACUUGUCAUUUGGAAGCAUGUUGCUACGAGGUCUUACAUUGGGUGAAAGCGAUGGCGAUCUUGAGGCUUGUUGCAGGGCUGCUAGUGUUCUUUCUCACAUACUGAAGGACAAUAUACAAUGCAAGGAAAGGGUUCUACAAAUUGAACUUGAUGCACCCACCCCAACUUUGGGAGCUGCAGAGCCACUGAUGCACCGUAUGGUUAAAUACUUGGCUCUUGCCUCUUCCAUGAAAAAUAAAGAUGGGAAGUCAGGUACUGCCCCGUUUAUUCAACUGAUUAUAUUGAAAUUGCUGGUCAACUGGCUAGCAGAUUGCCCAAAAGCAGUAAGUUGCUUCUUAGAUUCUCGCCCUCACCUAACAUAUCUGCUUGAGCUGGUGGCAAAUUCAUCUUCAACUGUGUGCACAAGGGGGCUGGCAGCUGUUCUCUUGGGAGAGUGUGUUAUUUAUAACAGGUCUAGUGACAGUGCGAGGGAUGCUUUUUCCAUUGUUGAUUCUAUAAGCCAGAAAGUUGGGCUUACAUCAUAUUUUCUGAAGUUUGAUGAGAUGCAGAAAAGCUUCCUUUUUACUUCUGUGAAUACAGCCCAACCCGAUAAACCACUGACAAGAUCAUCUGCUGCUAGUAUGGUGGAGAUUGAAGAUGUUGAUGAGAAUAAUUUGCCUGAUAAAAAGAAUGAAGACCAUCCACUUCUCUCAUCAGUGUUUGAUAUAAAUUUUGUUAAUUUUAUCAAGAGUCUGGAGGCAGAUAUCAGAGAAAAAAUAAUAGAUGUUUAUAGUCGUCCCAAGAGUGAGGUUGCAGUGGUGCCUGCAGAACUGGAACAGAAAAGCGGAGAGAAUGACAAGGACUAUAUCAUAAGACUGAAAGCAUUUGUGGAGAAGCAGUGCUCUGAGAUACAGAAACUCCUUGGUCGGAACGCAAGUCUGGCUGAGGACCUGACUAAGGCAGGUGUGAGUGAUUCUUCCCAACUUGAACAAAGGGCUAGUGGUGCCUCAGAGAGAGUCCAAACAGAGGCGCUCCGGCGAGAUCUUCAAGAAACAUCUCAACGUUUAGAGAAUCUGAAGACCGAGAAAGCCAAGAUAGAAUCUGAGGCGACCAUGUAUCAGAAUUUAGCAGCAAAGAUGGAAUCUGAUUUAAAGAGUCUGUCUGAUGCUUAUAAUAGUCUCGAAGAGGCCAACUUCCAUCUGGAAAAGGAGGUGAAAGCUUUAAAGAGGGGAGGAAGCUCAGUCUCUCCUGAUGUUGAGGCAAUAAAGGCAGAAGCUAGGGAAGAAGCCCAGAAGGAGAGUGAGGCAGAACUGAACGAUUUGCUAGUGUGCCUUGGGCAAGAGCAGAGUAAGGUGGAAAAGCUGAGUGCAAGAUUGUUGGAGUUGGGGGAGGAUGUGGACAAACUGCUUGAAGGAAUUGGAGAUGAAAUGGGGCUUCCUGAAGACGAGGACGGAGAAGAAGAAGACUGAUAACACUCUCUCAGUUAUAAAUUGUGAACUAUCUUCUUUCACCCAUCUCCACUCCAGGUAUGGUUGGUUGCUUUGACUCACCUUGUACAGUUGUACAUUUCUGAGUGAAUUGUACAGUCAAAGAUAACUAACGGUUUAAUAUCAUUCGUUUAGACCUGCUGUUCAUCCUGUUUUCUUACUGUAACAGUAAAAAUUUUUUUUGAUUUUUCUCA